AUGCGUCUGUGGCAACCAUCGCAUAAAUCACAAUAUGGAAGAGAAAGUCCCUCCGUAGCAAAUGAUGGAGGUUAUACCCCUUCCACCCCCACAAGUCCCACUCCUGUACCUGCUUCUGGUCUACUUCUCAUCCGUGUAGUUGAAGCACGUGGAAUCAGUUUACCUCCUGGCAUAAGGUUACCUCAAGUUCCUCAACAAAUUUCUUCCUCUACUCCAACUACUCGCGGUAACAGAGAUAGUUUACAAAGGAAAUUAUGUUGGUGGUUACCUUAUGUUGUAUUAGAAUUUGAUAAAAAUGAAGUAUUGAUCGAUGCUUUAGGUGGCGAGGUUCAAAAUCCAACUUGGCAAUAUAAGGCACAUUUUGAUGUAUCCCGUGAAUCAGAUGUAUCUAUACAAAUUUAUCUUCGUCAAGCAACACAAACUGGCAAUCAUACAAAUGAUAUGGGGAAUGAUGUAUUUUUGGGUGGUGUUAAAAUUACUCCAAGUUUCAAUCAACCAAAUAAAAUGCAUGAACAAUGGUAUCAAUUAUCAGGUUCGGGUAAUGUUUACGUACAAGUUUGUUACAAGAAAGAUCAUGCAAAUGUGCCCUUGACAAUAGAUGCAUUUGAUUUAUUAAAAGUUAUUGGUAAAGGCAGUUUUGGAAAGGUCAUGCAAGUUCGUAAGCGAGAUACUUCUCGUAUUUAUGCAUUAAAAACUAUACGUAAGGCCCAUAUAGUGUCUCGGUCAGAGGUUAAUCACACACUUGCUGAACGUACAGUUUUAGCACAAAUUAAUAAUCCUUUCAUCGUUCCACUAAAAUUUUCAUUCCAAAGUCCAGAAAAAUUGUAUUUGGUUUUGGCUUUUGUUAACGGUGGAGAAUUAUUUCAUCAUUUACAGAGGGAAGGAAGAUUUGAUGAAGAGAGAUCAAGAUUUUAUGCCGCUGAAUUACUUUGCGCAUUAGAAUGCUUACAUGACUUUAACGUGGUUUAUCGGUAA